AUGGGAAAGAAGAAAGGCGCCAAGAAGGGCGGUGCCGGAGACUUCUGGGAUGAAGCCGGCGAAUCCAUCGAUAGCAACAACUCUGCUCUCAACGACAACAAUGAUGAUGACCACCUCCCCGCUCACAAGGCCAAGAAUCUUUUUGCUGCAAUGUCACUCGAUGACGCAGAGGACGAGCAGGACGAGCAGGAAGAGCAGGAAGAGCAAGAACCUGCCGCGCCUGCAAAGAAGGACCACAAACAAACCUCCAACGGUAACAAGGCCGAUUCCAAGCCAACUCCAGCAUCAGCACCCGUCGCCGAUGAUGGCGACGACGACAAUUACGGCCUGAUGGGUGCCAUCAAAAACGCUAGCAAAAAGGGCAAGAAGGACAAGAAGAAAAAGAAGAAAACCGACGACUUUGACUUUGACGAGUUCGCCCAAGACGUCAGCGGCAACGCUGCAGCUCCUGCUGACGCAGAGGCCGAGGCAGACAAAGACCUCGUCAGCAAGGCUCCUCUCCAAGGUACCAUCGAUGACAUGCUCGAUGAUGAGUUCCCAGAAGACAAGACUCAGAAAAAGGGAGCGCAGAAGCAAGAACAAAAGCACACAGACGUCGCAGAUGAUGCCGACAAUGUUCAAGACGAUGACACCCCACGCAUUCUCACAAAGAAGGAGAAGGAGAAGCUCAAAAAGGAAAAGGAGAAAGCCAAAAAGAAGGCACAAGCCGCUGCCAAGAAGGCUGCUUCAGCAUCACAAACCUCCAAACAGGAUGUAGCGGACGAUGACGCCAACGACGACGAGGCUGCCGACGCGUCCAAGGACGACGCCGCUGACGCUACCCCAGCGUCAACAUCUGAUAAGAAGAAGAAGAAGAAGGGCAAGGGCGCCGAGCCUCCCCCGCCAGCUACCCCAGCACCUUCCGCCGCCCCCAAAAAAAUGAACCCACAACUCGCUGCGCUUCAGGCCCGUAUCGCCGCCCAGAAAAAGGCUGAGGAGGAGGCAGAGCAGGCCAGGCUCGAAGCUAUUCGCGCCGAAGAGGAGCGCGAACGUCUCGAGAAGGAAGAAGAAGAGCGAAAAGAAGCUGCCAAAAAAGCCAAAAAGGAAAAGGAGAAGGCCAAAAAGGAACAGCUCAAGAAAGAGGGCAAAUUCUUGACUCCCAAGCAAAAAGCCGAGAGGGCUGCUGCAGAAGCCAGGAUGCAGGCCAUGAUUCAAGCUGGUCACAUCAAGAUCGAAGGUCUAGAGAACCGCGAGGCUGGCGGCUCCAAGCCUACAGCCAAGAAACGUGCCGUGGUCGAAAACCGAAAGAAAAAGGGCCCACAGAAGCGCGACGGUGGUCUUGCUGUUCCUGAGCCCGUGGCUGCCGAGUCCAAGGAAGAGGAGGACAAGCCACAAGCCACAGCUGCCAUUCCUGAAAGCGAGGCUGAAUCUGCUCAGAAGAAUGCUGAGGUGGUCAAAGCUGACGAGCGCGCAGCUGAGCAAGAUGAACAAGUCAAAGACAGCUGGGAUGCCGAAUCCGAGGACGAGGAUAUCAAGGACAGCUGGGAUGCCGAGUCGGACGACGAUAAGACUGACUCUCCCGUCGCCGCCUCCAAGGACGCAGCUGCCCCCACCAAGUCCAAUGGCAAAGAUGCUACAAAGGCCAAGAAGGCUGCUGAGGACGACGAGGCUCAGGAUGAGGACAACGACGACGACGACGACGAUGAUGAUGAUGAUGACGACGACGACGAUGACGACGACGAGUCUGACAGCGACAACGAUGACUCGGAGUCCGAAUCUGACGAGGAUGACGGCCUCACCUCGGCUCAGCGUCAAGCCGCUGAGAGGAAGUCUGCCGCCGCUGAACGCAGAAAGGAGCGCACCGAGCAGGCCAUGGCUGCACGAAGCCGCGACGACCUCCGAUCGCCCAUUUGCUGUAUUCUCGGACACGUCGACACGGGCAAGACCAAACUUCUCGACAAGAUUCGUCAGACCAACGUUCAGGAGGGCGAAGCCGGUGGUAUUACGCAGCAGAUCGGUGCCACCUACUUCCCCACCGAAGUACUUCAAUCCAAGACCGCCGUUCUCGACAAGGACUCGCCAUUCGAGUACAAGGUUCCUGGUCUCCUCGUCAUUGACACACCAGGACACGAGUCUUUCACCAAUCUUCGUACCCGUGGCUCUUCGCUCUGCAACAUCGCCAUUCUCGUGGUCGACAUCAUGCACGGUCUCGAACCUCAGACCAUCGAGUCUAUUCGCUUGCUCCGAGACAAAAAGACGCCCUUCAUCGUUGCCCUCAACAAGAUCGACCGUCUCUAUGGCUGGGAGCCUAUCCCCAACAACGCCUUCCGCGACAGUUUGGCCAAGCAGCAGCGGGCAACCCGCAAUGAGUUCGACGAGCGUACCAACCAGGUCAUCGUCCAGUUUGCCGAACAGGGUCUCAACGCAGUGCCCUACUACGACAACAAGAACAUGGGCCGAAACGUUAGUCUUGUUCCCACCUCGGCCCACACUGGUGAGGGUAUUCCAGACAUGUUGCGUCUCAUCAUCGAGCUCACCCAGACGCGUAUGAGCGAGAAACUCAUGUACCUUUCCGAGCUCGAGUGCACCGUGCUCGAAGUCAAGGUGAUCGAGGGUCUCGGGACCACGAUCGAUGUCGUCCUCUCCAACGGUGUCAUGCACGAAGGCGACCGCAUCGUCGUCUGCGGUCUCAACGGACCUAUUGUAACGCAGGUGAGAGCACUGCUCACACCGCAACCUCUCAAGGAGAUGCGUGUCAAGGGUGCCUAUGUGCACCACAAGAUGGUCAAAGCUGCGCUCGGUGUCAAGAUCGCCGCACCCGAUCUUGAAAAGGCGAUUGCCGGUUCCAGAUUGUUGGUGGUCGGCCCUGACGAUGACGAGGAGGACCUCAAGGAUGAAGUGAUGAGCGAUCUCAGCUCGCUCAUGAACUCGAUUGACACCUCGGGCCGCGGUGUCUGCGUGCAAGCAUCGACGCUUGGUUCGCUCGAAGCUUUGCUUGAAUUCUUGCGUGUCAGCAAGAUUCCUGUCAACGGCAUCAACAUCGGCCCCGUCUUCAAGAAGGACGUGGUGCGAUGUUCGACCAUGCUCGAAAAGGCCAAGGAGCUGGCCGUCAUUUUGGCGUUCGAUGUACCCGUCGACAAAGAAGCCGAAAAGCUCGCCGAGGAGCUCGGAAUCAAGAUCUUCACCGCCAGGAUUAUUUACCACCUCGAGAACGACUUCACCAGGUAUCACAAAGAGGUCAUGGAUGGCAAAAAGAAGGAAGCUUCGGGAACCGCAGUCUGGCCUUGUCGACUCAAGACGAUUGCCUGUUUCGCCAAGCGUGAUCCUAUCAUCCUUGGCUGUGACAUUAUCGAUGGCACGUUGCGCGUAGGAACGCCGCUUUGCGUAGUGAAAACGGACGCGACCACGCGAAAGAAGACGGUGGUCCAUCUGGGUAAAGUGACGUCGCUCGAGAUCAACCACAAGGAGCGCGAUGUUGUGCUCAAAAAGGAUGUCGGCGGUGGUGUCGCCGUCAAGAUCGAGCAUGCCGUGCACGAGUCGGCCAAGAUGUUCGGCCGUCACUUUGAGGAGAACGACGUGAUCAUUUCGCACAUCAGCCGUGCUUCCAUCGACGCGCUCAAGGCUCACUUCUGGGACGGCAUCUCGACCGACGAGAAGAAGCUCAUCAAGAAGCUCAAGGGCGAGCUUGAUAUCCCGUAG